AUGUGUGGAAGAUACGCUUUAGGCGUGCGCAUGAGCUUCAUCCGCCGCCGUCUCCAAGACCAAGGCCUUCAAGUCGACGACGCACCUCCCGACGAAGACGUCCGCGAAACCUACAACUUCGCACCGGGGAAUACUGGCGCUGUAUAUCUUGCCGAUACGCAUAUGUACCCGUCUUCUCAUCAUCAUGAUGAACCAGCUAGUCAACCUGACGCCGAUAAAGAGGCGACUGAAGCAGCAGUAGCAGCAGCAGACGAAGCUGAGGAGGAGGAUGCAGGAGAAGAAUUACAAAAGAACAGCAAAGCCACCAAAUACAAGCUCCACAGCAUGCGCUGGGGUCUCAUCCCAUUCUGGACGAAACGCAACCCCGACUACGGAAGUCUUAUGCGUACGAUCAAUUGCCGAGAUGACUCAUUAAUCGAGGAUCGGGGCUUGUGGACGUCUAUGAAGCGGAGGAAGCGGUGCGCGGUGGUGUGUCAGGGGUUCUAUGAGUGGUUGAAGAAGGGACCGGGAGGGAAAGAGAAGGUUCCGCAUUUUGUCAAGAGGAAGGAUGGGGAUUUGAUGUAUUUUGCGGGCUUGUGGGAUAGUGUUAAGUAUGAGGAUUCCGAUGAAUAUCUCUACACAUAUACGAUCAUUACGACUUCGUCCAAUCCCUACUUGAAGUUCCUGCAUGAUCGGAUGCCCGUGAUUCUGGAUCCGAAUAGCGAGGAGAUGAAGAUUUGGCUGGACCCCUCCAGGACGGAGUGGUCGAAGGAGCUGCAGUCGAUCCUCAAGCCGUAUGAGGGCGAGUUGGAAUGUUAUCCUGUGGCGAAGGAGGUGGGGAAGGUGGGGAAUGAUUCGCCGGAUUUUAUAGUUCCGGUCAGUAGUAAGGAGAAUAAGAGCAAUAUUGCGAACUUCUUUGCCAAUGCGAAGAAGGGUGCUGGGGUGAAGGUGGAGCAAGGAGUGAAAGAUGAGAGGCCCACCCAAGAUGCGGAAUGGAGCGAGGAUAAUGCCCCAAAGCCGGUUGCCGGAAUCAAGAGGGAGCAUUCGCCGGAUGUCGAGACGGAGGAUACCAAGUUGCAGAAAUCGGAGCCUGGUGUAGAUACAUCGCCGAAGAAGAGCCCGGAGAAGACCUCACCGUCCAAGCCUGUGACGCCGGCAGGGAAGAAGAUGCGCAGUGCCACUCAUAACAAGCCGAUAAAGAAGAGCCCGCAGAAGCAGCCUCCUGCAGGGACGCAGCGGAUUACGAACUUUUUUGGGAAGUGA